CAGGAAUAUCUGCCUGAGACGACCACGACGGACACAACGCACAACCAAGCUUACUUCUCUUCUUUACCCUUCAUAUAAUACCCUAUGGGCGCCCUUUGCUGUCGACCUCAGCCGGUCGAUUUUGAAGGCGACGUUAAUCUCUUUCACUUUGUUCUCUUGAGAUGUGUCGGAAAGGGCGCCUUUGGAAAGGUCCGAAUGGUCCAACACAAACAGACCAGAGAGUUGUAUGCCCUGAAAUAUAUCAACAAGACAAAGUGUGUAAAGAUGAAAGCAGUUGCAAAUAUCAUUCAGGAGCGAAAAUUACUCGAGGAGAUCGACCAUCCAUUUGUCGUUAACCUUCGUUAUGCAUUCCAAGAUGAUGAAAACUGUUUCUUCGUCUUGGAUCUCAUGCUUGGUGGUGACCUUAGAUUCCACCUCGAACGGUUAGGCUCGUUGCCAGAGGAUACAGUACGCUUCUACGUUGCAGAAAUAGCUUCAGCUCUAGCCUUCCUUCAUGAGCACAGAAUCAUGCACCGCGAUCUCAAACCGGAUAACAUCCUCCUCGAUGAACGAGGGCAUGCCCAUCUCACAGAUUUCAAUAUUGCUGUUCACUUUAGCGAGCGCCGCAUGCUUACUGGCAUUGCAGGUAGCAUGGCUUACAUGGCUCCCGAAAUUCUCGCUAAACGCGGCUAUACUUAUCCGAUCGACUGGUGGAGUCUGGGCGUCUGCGCAUACGAGCUCCUCUUCGGUCGGAGACCCUUCCGCGGCAAGACAAACGCCGACUUAACCCAUAGCAUCAGCAAAGAUAGCUUACGCUUUCCCGAUGACGCCGAUAAGAAGUGUUCGCGAGCAGGCAUGAUGGCGUUGAAAGGGUUCUUGGACCGUGACCCUUCCAAAAGACUGACAUGCAAGCAAAACGAUGGUUAUGAAGUAAUGCAACGACACCCCUGGUUUCAACCGAUAGACUGGGCGGCACUCGAAACCAAAGAAUUACCACCACCGUUCACUCCCGAUUCAAAGAAGGCAAACUUUGAUGCAUCACACGAAUUGGAAGAACUGUUGCUCGAAGACAAUCCAUUAAAGGCUAAAGCACGGAAGACACGAGAUGUUAACACGCUGAGCACCGAAAUGAGACAAAUGGAAGAGCAGUUUGCAUCAUAUGACUUCAAGAAGAUGCUCCGGCGAUCAUAUUAUCCCCAGAAUCAACAGAUCGUAUCAACCAUCACUGCAACUUCCUCCACAGGCGGACUCGUAUCAAGUCGACCUGUAACACCCGCAACAGACUCACCGGUCGAGGGCGUCAGCGUCGUACAUGAGCAUGACGAAAACGAGUUUGAUGGCGAUGAUGUCCGAAUGGAGAAGAUGCCUCGGGUCCUGGAGAAGAACUACUCGUGAUCCACACCCCACCCCAACCCCAAUCCGCCAGACGAAAUGACGACCGCUGACGAUGUAUCUGCAAAUAUUCCCCCAUGUACCUUGUCGAUAUGUACGGCACCCGAUUCCCACACAUGCCCCAUUCACUCAUUUCGGGGACCUAAUCUUGGUUGCUGUUGCUCACUUUCCUUAUCAACUCACUUCAAGUGCGCUGCUCACCGGAUACCUUCGAUUUGUUCAACAUGACACAUAACAAGUUCGUUUCUGACACUCAUCGCCAUUUGUUCUAUGAGCUUUCCGUUGUAGUUUAUUGGAUUUUCUUUGGCUCUUCUUGGUUUUUGAGGGGGUCGAGUCUUUCUUUCAAUUCAUUUUCUUUCUUUUCCAGUUUUUCGUCUAUUUAGCGCUAGUUUGCUGGCUAGUCUGUGGUGGAUUUACAUGCUAUACGACGCCUGGACUUGCGUAUACUAUCAACCCAUUAAUAAACGCGAUUUGUUGCUGUA